CGAAACGGCAAAAGCUCGACGCCUGGAGUCCGAGUCCCGCGACGCUCAUUAUACAACUGAUCUGAGUGCUGUGCUUCAGAUGGCCCGAGUCGCCGAGAUCGAAGAUGAUCUGGUCGACCCGAAUCUUCAAGCGUCAUUGGGAGAUCAAACCCUCAGUGGGCCAUUGCGUACCGAUGCUUGGGUUGCAAGAUGAUAUGUUUGCCACCCUACAAGCCCUUCUUUGACUUUCAAUUCUGCAAACGACUGGCGAUCAUUGAUCACGAGGAGCAGCGUGUGACACGACCUGAUCAUUUCUCUUAUCUCGUAUAUUGAAGGGGAUAGAUCCUUAAUGUGGCCAACAUGACAUCAAAAGGCAACACAAGGCCGCGAUCCCACCUCUCAGAUGUCGUGUCCAACCUUGUGCGCUCCUCGCUCGGGCAGGAUGCUUCAUCCAUCCCACCCGGCCUCAAAGGCGACGAUUUGGACAGGUACAUUGCGGACCUGAUCGCGAAAGAGGCCAAGCAGCGCAAUGAUCCAACCAUCAGUUCGUCGCGCAACGCUCGGGAGGAGCCAUCGACAACUCGAGCUGCUCCCACCAAUAAGCAGUUUUUGAGUAACUUGAUCCGCGCGACUGAAGGCCACAAUCGUUCUGUGAUUCGCCAUCUCGAAAAGGAAGCACAUGCAGGACAGCGCGAGCGGACACGGGCGGAGCAGCACGGUGACAGCGACCUGACCUUUUUUCAAAGCAGCCCCAAAAGACAAGACCUUUUGAAUCGUUCACAAGAAGGACCGAAUCGCUGCACGAGGGCUUUGGGCCGUGUGCCGGAAAAUGGACAUCCUCGACAACCGUCAACGCGAAUGUCAACUCGAAUGGGCCAUUCAGAUGCCAAAGCGAGAGGCAAGAUGCGAGCAUUUUCGGAUGAAGAAGAUUCAGAGCACAGUCGGGAAGUGAUCUUUGACGAUCCUAGGGGCGCUAAACCCGCUCAAUCCAGUAUGCCAAGAUCAAGACAUGGCGUUCGGGACCGUUCCGAAGAGCGGACGCGCGAUGCUGUUGCGCCACGACGCCACCGUUACCGAGGCGGGUCCCGCUCUGCAUCACCGCCACCGAGAAAGACUUCUGCCAGGGACAUUUUCCCCGAAAGAGGCAAUGUCAGCCAUUCUGCAGAUCUGCCACCGUCCAAGAUGGAUAAGUAUUUUGCCGCAGACUACGAUCCGCGUCUCGACAUUGGAAGAGACUCGAUCGAAGCAGUCACAGACCCAAGAACAGGCCUUGUAGGCGAUGCCGGCUGGGAUCAAAUGCUUAGCGUCAUCCUUGAGAAAGAGGAUGCGAAGGCCGAGCGGCGGCGGCUGGAGAAAGAGGAAAGGCGAUGUGAGAAGGAAGCGAGACGCGAGGAGAGACGUAGGAGGAGGGAGCGCCGGUCUCGCGCCUCCAGCAGCAGCGAGGACGAUGGUGCAACGAGUCAACGCAAGGGAAGUUCAGGCAGGGACAGGCACAAGGAGAGUAAAAAACGAAGCAGAGACAGCGAACGAGGAGAUCGAACCCACGGGCACGAUCACAGUGAUAUUCUCCCCUCUCGAUCGCCUUCUCCGUCUCCGCAUCGGUCGAAGCUGCAAAGUGUCAGAGAAGAGGCUAGCGACAGCCGCAAGCCUACUUCUAGCACAGAGCUCAUAGAAAUGCGAUAUCCCAAGACACGUGAAUGGGACAUGGGCAAGAGAGACCAGUCUUUCUGAGCGUCAGCAGGUGCAAUGUAAUGUACAUUCGGCGCUAUCACUAACCCUC